UUUACUAUUUAUAUUAAUCUGGGUCAAAAAAAUCCAAAUUUUUUAAUUUUUAUGAGAGUGAUACUGUCACUUACUGCUGUGGUGCCACCCUUGCUCAGUCACUUGAGUAUUUGCAGUCUGCCUUUGAUAUUGUCAUAGCUGUGUGAUCUGAAAUGUGUGUUAAAUGCUACAAAAAACUAAAGUGAUAUUUUUUCAUUAACUUCUCUCCCUAACACUGAACGCCUGCAAGGUACUCAGAUCAAAUUAGUGCCACAACACAAGUAUUUCAGUAUUUUAAAUGACCAUUGUUGAAUUUUUAAGCCUCACAUUUAAAGACUUAGUAAACUGAAGCUUAAGCUAGGUUUUAUUUUAGAAAUAAAUCCUGCUUCUACGAUGCCAAGGAAAAAAAAUGUUAAGACUAUGUCUUCCUCAGCUUGACUAUGAUCUGCUGUAUAUGCAUGCCUUUCCCCAAAGCUUGAAUUGGCUGGACACUGUGUAUGACAGCACUUUGAGGUCAGGCUGUAAAGCACUCAUCCACCACUGCACCCUAUUUGCCAGAGUUCAGUGGCCUUCUUUAGCCUUGUGCAGACUCACUCAUUGGUACAUAUUUAUUUUUAAAUCCAUCCUUGGUCUGCUCCUCUCUUACCUUUGUGGCUAUAUCUCACUCAGAAUCAGUAAUUAUUGUUUGUGCUCUAAUGACACCCUUUUACUGGCUGUCCCUAAGGUUCACACUGAAAUUGGCAAACAGGCUUUUUUGUUCUCUGCCCUACAGCCUGGAACCAUUUGCAGACUGAAUUACAGCUAGAUGAGCUGAUCCCGAUUAGGGCUAUUAAAAAUGUAUUGAAGGGUUUGGAGGCAGAUGAUAUUGGACUUUGUAAUUACUUUCUUCUUUUGCUAGUUAUGUUUGCUUUUGUCUGUUUUGUCACAGAAGAAACCAGGAAAACCAGUACAUACAUACACACUAGCAGGUAGGCAGUGAAGUAUAAGUAUCUGCAUGUUUUAGUAUAAGAAAACCAGCUUACAUGCAGAUGGGUGGAAAACACUGAAGAACCAGCAGGCAGGCAAACAAAGCUCAGGUGGAGAACUACUUGGAUCAAACAUUGGGGACUAAAUAGAAGCACAGUUACAUGAGGUAAUUCAACAGUCUGGAACAUCAGCUAAAGCACAGGCAAACCAUGUGAGAAGGGAAAACAGAGCCUUAAAUACACUACUGAGAGGAAGACAACAGGAUGUAGGUGUAACUAAUCAGGGCGGGGCAGCCAAUCACAAAGGUGGAAAACAAAAAAAAAAAACAAAGACAGGAAGUAAAGCAACGAAAUACACAACAGAUGAGUGAUUACCAAAAUGAAACAGGAAGUACAGAGACCAUGCAAAGAGUCAUUGUUUGCCGUCCGCUGUGAGGAACAGUGUAUCGCUGCUAACUUGGCCAGGGCUCACUUGAAAAAGGGGAUUUGAUCAUCUUUUUUUUUUUAACAAUAUCUUUAUUGUAUUUCGGGAUUUGAUAAUCUUAGUGGUUAAAUAAAAGUCAAAUAAAAUUAAAUAAGAUUAAAAACACACGUAAAUGUCUUUGCAAACAUACACAGAGAUGGGGGUUACUGUGCGUGUAAAUGUACUAUAUAGUAUACAAGUAUAAAAGAAACAGCCAAGCAAACUGAUUGACCCUCUGUGCAUGUUUACCAACAUGUAGGCAGGAGAAGCAUGAUUCCAGCUUUAGAACAAAAUGUUAGUCUUGGUGGCUUUACACAUACCAACUACUCUUAGUGACUUAGGAGUCUUCUGGACUGUUUCUAACUUUGUGAAUUACUCUUAGAACAAAACUUAGAAAUUCUAAUGUUUGGACUAACUUGCCCUUUACUUUUAAGAGUAUUGUAAGAGUGAAAUAUUGUUUUAUGAGCAAAAGUUGUGUAAAUGUAGGUGAAAUGCAAGCUUACUGUGUUUCUAUUGAAUGUCGCCUGUCAUCUCGUCUGCAUGUUUGGCGGGUGCAGUGUUUGGGUGACAUUCUAGUGUCAGCUGCGUGACAGUGCUGUUGAGGCUUGACACAGUGUGUGGCUUUGGGAUUUGGAAAGAGGGGGAAUUGGAAAGUGGAAUGGCUGCUCACUGAUCUGUGUUUUGGACUUCACUAAAAGUUAUAAGGAAAACGCAGACACACAUCGACAUUACUGACAGUACCUGAGGCGAAACAGCCUUAAAACAAUGUUACACAGUUAAACACUGCUUUUCAGCCUAUUGUGUUUGCUUUCCCCUGCUGUCUUCUUUUUCAGCCUUAAAGUUAUAGUUCACAUUAUGCACAUUUCUGUGUGUUCAUAUUUACCAAAGAGCACUGAAUGAGUGACAGAAAAUAAUCCCAAUGGUCUCAAUUUGAUCACAUCAAACGAAUAUGAUUUCUCUCUACUUCGAUGCCUCACACUCCAGAGCAGAUUUCCUAACACUCACCAUGAUUCACAAAACGCUACAUGAAUGGUCACCUGCCGACCUCUCAGAUCCAAUUACAUUUAAUUAUUAAUCUUGUACAUACUUUGUGUUGUCUUGUUUCCGGUUACUAAUUCAAACUCAGAAUGUACAAAUGUCAUCCAGGUCCUUAAGUUUGGAAAAGUUUUUAGAAGUUCCUGUUGUGUAAAACAUUAAGGCCAGAUGUAAAGCUUAUCUGGUUUCAUUCUAUUCAGCCUGUUUGGCUGAUUUGACAUUUGCAUCUAUUUCAACCAUCACUCUCCACUUCUCUGUUUUCUCAAAAAGUUCGAAGCUCCCAGGGCCUCUGUGUGUGACUCUGUUGGUAUCUUUUUUCAUUAAAAAAAAAAAAAAAAGAAAGAAAAAGAAAGCCAAAGAAAAGAACAAAAAAUGUUUUUCAUCUAUUCUGUCAAAUACCUGUACUUUUUGGGCUCAAACCUGAAAAUACCCUAAAAGAGAAGGAAUUUAAAACUACAGAUUGUUUCGCCACUGCUCAGAGUCUUGCAGCUGAAAAAACGGAAAGUUUAUUGUUUUGCUUUGGUGCACCUGCAGCUUCAUUCAGCCUGACAUCUCAUGCUGAUCAUUACACAAGUGCACACAUUCCUCAAACCUAAUCAUCAGGACACGAACCAGGCAAAAAAAAGAAAAAUAAAAGAGAAUAACUGUCAGAUUUUAAGUAGAUGAUCUCUGCAAACCCAGUGUAAAUGUGACAUACAAAUAAUUAAAUUGAAAUACAAAUUUUGGGGGUGCAGUGCUGUAGUUCUUUUACUUUGUAUUCUUGGUUCUGUCUCACAACUCGCAGUUAGCAUAACGUGACUGUCGGAGCACCAACAAUUGUUGCUGAUUGAAUUGCUGCUGUCUUCACAUAGUCACUUAUUGACUCCAAAUUCUGUUUUAUAACACAAGGCGAGGAUGAGAAAAGGUCAUGGUGUUGAAGUGCAUUUGAAUAGUUGAAUAUUGAUCAGCAUCUUUUGCAAUUUAUGUCAAACACUUACUUAUUGUUUUUCUUUUUCUAAUUGGCUACUUCUUGUUUACCUUUAAUCCAGUAAACUAAUCCAUGUUGUUUUAUGAAUAAGUCAAUAAGGAAACAUUUGCAGAAACCAUCAAAGAAACGGACGAGGAUACACUAUUAAAACCAAAUUAAUUUGGUGGACCUCAUAUGUGUAUGCUUAGGUGUGCACAUGGCACGCACACACACACUCAGUUACACAUACACACAGUGAGACACACUGACACUCACUGUAUCUGUCCUUCAGAUUAAGUAACCAAUAAAGGGCAGGGAGUGUGUCUCAGUGCAAAGAGGGAAAAGCGCUGAGCACAGUUAUAUGCGCACUCUUGACGCUGGAGCUUACUCACACUGAAACACUUCAACCAAACACUGUCCCUACACAGCAGGGACUCAGCAUUCUACCUCAGCGUUCAGUGAAUGAGCUGCUAAUACCUCAAGAGGUUGCGUUGCACUUCGAAUAAUCCAGAGUUCAGAAAAGCUGUUGGAAUUUGAGAGGCGAUUACACACUUUAACACGCUGCAACAACAAGACGACUUUUACUUCUUUUUUGAUUUUUUUGGGGGGGCUUUUUUGAAGGACUCUCUCUGGAACACUUUGCCAGGAUUUUAUCUGAUUUGACCGUACAGUGUCUUAAUUGUUUAAAUGAAGGUGCUAAAUUUUGUGAGCCAUCAUUCUCAUUGGAUUCUGUUCAUAUUUUAUGUAAUGAGAGAAGAAUAAUUCUGUGGGUGCUAGAACAACAUAUUCUUUUUUACUUGUCCAAAUAUUUUAAAGAAACCUACCGACAAGCAGGAUCUACUGCCAUUAACAUUAAUAAAGUCACCCACUCGAGACCUUUUGUGCAAAACUAUGGCAUUUGGGGACCUCCUAGAGCAGGUGGGCAGCACAGGACGUUUCCAGAUCCUGCAUGUCACCCUCCUCAGCAUACCUGUUUUCAUGAUGGCCAGUCAUAACCUGCUGCAGAACUUUGUGGCUGCAGUGCCUUCUCACUACUGCAGCGCACACACAAACCUUUCUCAGUCCCAGCUGAGCCCGGAGGAAACGCUGCUGAUCACGGUGCCGUUAGACCAGACAGGGAGGCCGCAGAGGUGCCAGCGUUACGUUGCUCCACAGUGGCACCUCCUGGACAAGAAUGGGACUUUCAGUUCAGGGGAUCUGGGGGACACUAAAGAUGGUUUGGAUGUGGACCUGCAGGGAUGCACAGAUGGAUGGUCCUAUAACAUGACAGAGAUGAGCUCCACAAUCAUAUCUGAGUGGCAUUUGGUCUGUGACCUGCGCUCUUUGAAGCAAAUGGGACAAACCAUCUACAUGGGAGGUGUGCUUGUGGGAGCUCUUGUCUUUGGAGGUCUCUCUGACAAAUACGGUCGACGCAUCCUCCUGCUUAUUUCUAACAUACUGAUGGCAGUGUCAGGAACAUGCGCUGCUUUCUCAACCUCCUUCCCCCUCUUCUGCCUGUUCCGGUUCGGUUGUGGCAUGGCACUGUCUGGCCUUGGACUGAACACCUUCUCGCUUAUUGUGGAGUGGAUCCCCACCCGUGUGCGGACUGUGGUGGGCACAAUAACAGGUUACUGUUACACGGUGGGACAGUUGAUCCUGGCAGUAAUAGCCUACUUCAUCCGGGACUGGAGGUGGUUAACCCUGGCUGUGUCUUUACCCUUCUAUGUCUUCUUCCUCUUCUCAUGGUGGUUUCACGAAUCUUCAAGAUGGUUGGUCCUGAGAAAUAAGUCCGACCAAGCCAUCAAGAACCUUAGAAGUGUGGCUAAAUUUAACGGACGCCGUGAGGAGGGAGAAAAAAUUGACAUUAAAAUGCUGCAGGAGUCCAUGAAGAAAGAGAUGUCCUGCUCUCAGGGCUCCUACUCUGUCCUGGAUCUGUUCCGCACACCCACAAUGAGGACAAUGACAGUCUGCCUUAGCGCUGUCUGGUUAUCAACCAGCUUUGCCUACUACGGCCUUGCUAUGGAUCUGCAAAAGUUUGGGGUGGACAUCUACUUAAUCCAAGUGAUCUUCGGCGCUGUGGACAUCCCUGCUAAAGUUGUCGUAACUGUGUCUAUGAGUUUUAUUGGACGGCGUCCAUCACAAUGUGGUGCUCUCAUUGUCGCUGGUGUCACUAUUUUGAUCAACUUACUGGUGCCUUAUGAUAAACAGACUAUACGCACCUGUCUGGCUGUUUUGGGCAAAGGUUGCCUUGCCGCGUCCUUCAACUGCUGUUACCUUUACUCUGGAGAACUGUACCCAACCAUCAUUCGUCAGAAUGGCAUGGGCUGGGUAUCCAUGAUGGCUCGUGUGGGAGCCAUGGUGGCCCCCAUGGUGCUCCUUACGGGGGACUACAUACCAUGGCUACCAGGUUUAAUCUACGGAGGAGCUCCGAUACUCAGUGGGGUGGCUGCAGUAUUUCUGCCAGAAACGCUUGGCUCACCCCUUCCUGACACAAUACAAGAUGUGGAGGACAGGGGAUCUGGGAGAAGCUCCAAAAUGCCACCAAAGGAAGCAAUAAUCUUGCAAGACACCCAGGCGAAUCUCCUAAAGCAGGCUGCCUGAGGGCAUCUGCAUUGUACUCCUGAUGUUUCUGCUGACAUGUUAAUGAAAGUAGAGUGGGUACUGCUUUUUCUCCGGCCUGUUCAUUUGUUUGAUUUCCAUGAAGAGUAUAUUGCGUCUUAUGACUGCUGGACAAAUGGAGUUGCAGUGUCGUUUUUGGACAGGUCAAUACAGUGAAAUAAAUAGCUGCAAACAAUCAGACCUAUGUUUAUUUGUUAAACAGUAGCUUUGAGGACUUUAGUCUCACCUUGGACCAAUGAUGUUUUAUAUUUUAAAUAUCUGUGUUAAAAAUGAUUUCUAUAUAUAAUCCUUCUACAGGUUAAAGAUUAUGCUAUGCUUUCACUGGUGUUUUUAUAUAUAACUUCUUAUUGCUUUAUAUACGACCUGACAUUUGUAAACAAAAAUGUAUUUUCAUUAAAAUC